CAGCUCCAGGACAACAUGGAGAUCCUAAGCAACUUGACAUCUCAAUUUUUAACCUUCUUGCUGACCAGUAUUCCUGGCCUAGAGUCUCUCCAUUCUUGGCUCUCCAUUCCAUUUUGUUGUCUCUAUGGCAUUGCCCUGUCUGGGAACAGCAUGAUCCUGUUUGUCAUCCUCACUCAGCGGAGUCUGCAUGAGCCCAUGUACUAUUUCCUCUCCAUACUGUCAACUACUGACCUGGGCCUGACUGUUUCUACCAUGUCAACAACACUAGGUGUCCUAUGGUUUAAUGCAAGCGAAAUCAGUUUGGAUACCUGCAUCAUCCAGAUGUUUUUUCUUCAUGGAUUCACCUUCAUGGAAUCUGGGGUGCUUGUGGCUAUGGCCUUUGACCGUUAUGUGGCAAUUUGUAACCCUCUGAGGUACACAACCAUCCUCACUAAUUCCAGAAUCAUUCAGAUUGGCCUCUUGAUGAUUAUACGUUCUGUAGUAAUAGUAGUACCGCUACUCCUGCUCCUUAAGCAUCUCUCUUUCUGUAGAGCUAAUGCCCUUACCCACUCCUAUUGUUAUCAUCCAGAUGUGAUUGAAUUAGCAUGUUCAGAUACUUGGGCCAAUAACAUCUGUGGAUUAAUUUGUCUCAUCCUGACCACAGGAAUAGAUAUACCAUGUGUUGUCUUGUCUUACAUCCUGAUUAUUUGCUCUGUUUUGAGUAUUGCUUCCCCUAAAGAGAGGCACAAGGUCUUUAGUACUUGUAUCUCCCACAUUGGAGCAGUUGCUAUUUUCUACAUGCCCAUGGUAAGCCUGUCCUUGGUGCAUCGCUAUGGUCAGUCAGCCCCCAGAGUGGUCCAUUCGAUGAUGGCAAAUAUAUACCUGCUUCUGCCCCCUGUGCUCAACCCCAUCAUCUACAGUGUCAAAACCAAACAAAUUCGCAAAGCUAUACUCAAUCUGCUGCUGACAAAAUAAACAGAGAUGAUUAAGCUUGAGAAAAACCUGAUAAAAGUGAAUUUCACAUAAAAAGAAGCCCUGGUAAGUUACUGUUUAUUGGAUAUUUUAUUCUUAUGUUUUUUUUUUUUUAAUUUAUUGAACAAAUAUUUAGUAAAUACCUAUCAUGCUUUAAGCUUAAACUACAACCAUUAAAUGUUAACACUAAAGACUUCACAGUCCAAAAGGGGAAAUAAUAAUCACAACAAUGAAAUCACAUAAAUAAUACUCAGAGCAAUUAAUAUUUACCGACUACUUAUUUUAUGCUAGACAUUCUACUAUCUCCUAUUCAGACAUAUUUCAUUUAUUCUUCAAAACAGUCCAA